AUGGAUAUCAACGCAAAGGAAAUCAUAACUAAUACCAGGAGAUUUCUGGUGUUUCUGAUUGUAAAUAUUUGCCGAUCAGCUUGUGAACACCCCUUUCUUUUGGGAGUGUUCUUUUUCUUGCUUCUUUUGUACAGAUGUCUGCCAUAUCUGUUUGGCUUUCUGGUAUCUUCUUCUCCAGUCGUCAUCUGCACUGCACUUCUUCUUGGAACUCUUCUGAGUUAUGGCCAACCAAAUAUCCCUGAAGUAGAAGAUAAGGCAAUAAACCUGUCUUCUUCACAAGUAUUGGAUACUCCCAAUGGUAUUGUUUUGGGGAAAGAUGUUGACUUCUCUUUGGAGGGUCAUAUAGAAACCAGAGAAAAGGUUGAGGAAACUGCUGCAAAAGAAGUAAAAUCCUCUCUUAAAGUUUAUCGUGCGUGUAAACCGGCAUUUUUGUCAGAAUCUAAUGAAGAGGAAGAAAGGAACCCAGAAAAUGUUAUCAGUACAAGCUCACUAGCUGAGGUGGACAAGAAACAAGUCUGCAUUAUGAAUACAGCGGCAGACAAGGAAGAAGGCAGCAAUGGAGGGUUCUUCAAAAAGUCCGAACUACAUGGAGGAAAUUCACUACCAGAUUCGAUAGAAUUAGCUGAUCUUGUUUAUCCAGCUACUAUCAGCCAAAAGGAGAACGAAUAUGUCAAGACAGAAAUUCAAGAAUCUUCAGCAGAAGGCUAUUUUGAUUCUUCCCUUGAUUUAUCCUGGGGGCACAUUGAUCGUCAUGAUGCAUCUGAAUCUGAUUCAGAUCAUGCUGAGAGCUCUUCUCCAGAUGCUUCAAUGGCCGACAUCAUUCCGAUGCUUUACGAGCUCCAUCCACUCUUAGAUUCUGAAGAUCCUCAACCUGUUAAUGCCUCUGCUAAUGACGUGCAUUCCGCUUCUGGGGCAUCUAUGGAGGACAGUGAGUCAGAUGAUUGUAGUGGAGAGGAAGAGGCUGAAAACCAAGAGGAAGAGCUGGAUGAGGAGGCAAAGGAUGAGAAUGGGGAUGGAGCUGUACUGGCAGUGAGGUGGACAGAAGAUGAUGAGAAGAAUGUAAUGGUUCUUGGCACUUCCGAAUUAGAAAGGAACCAGAGGCUGGAGAACCUAAUUGCAAAGCGAAGAGCAAGGAAAAAUCUCCAAAUUGCAGCCGAAAAGAAUUUGAUAGACCUUGAUGGUAAUGAAACCGUGUCAACCAUCGAUAAACUUUCCCACAUUCAAGUUCAAGUUCCUCUUAUUUCCACAUCAAGACAGAAUCCCUUUGAUCUUCCCUACGAUUGUGAAGAAAAUUUUGGUUUACACCCAAUUCCUGGUUCAGCACCAUCUGUUUUAUUGCCAAGACAGAAUCCUUUUGAUUCACCUCAGGCUCUGGGGGAUGAAAGUGGUAAUUUUACAGGGGUUCCCCUGAACCAUCAAGGGUUUGCAGGUUUUCCUCAAAGGGAGUUGCUUUUUCGGAGGCAUGAAAGCUUUGCCCAUGGGACAUCAUUUUCUGGUGAGUUCAGGCAGGAUAGAUCUGACAUUAAGUUAAGGCCAUAUUUUGUAAGCGAGAGGACAAGUACAGAGGACACAAGUUAUGCUCAUUUCCAGAGACAAUUGAGUGACAAGAGUGAUUCUAAGGUGAGCUCCAUUCCCGAAUCUGAAUCAAUUUCUAGCACAAAUCAGGAUUAUGAGAAUGAACCACCAGAACAGGAGUUGGAUCAAGAAGCUGAAUUUGAUUUGGUUUUUUCGUCUACAAACAAUGCUAAAACCGCUGGAAUGGAGAACAGCUCCUCCGAUGAAGCAGAUUCAGUUGAUUCUUCUGGCCAACUGAGAGAAAUUGGUUUAUGUGGGAGCUAUGAACUUCAUGGUAGUACGGCUGAAGUCUCAGGGGCAUCUAUAAAUGAGGCUGUUGAUGACUUCAUGAAACUUGAAGAGAAAAUCCAACAAGAGAUAGAUUCAUGCUCACCAGUUUCAGAUGCUGCCGAAUCAGAUGUGGCUGAAAAGAAACACAAUAGGCCAGCAAGCUCAUCUCAGGCUUCUGGGAAAUACUUUCAGACAAAGACAGAAGAAGAGUCAGCUGAUCUUCAUGAAGCGAGCGGUGAUUCCUUAAGGGAUUCCACUCGUUCCUUGAAGUCAGUGAGCGUAGAAGUCAAGGUUGUAAAUGACUCUGUUGAGCCCGUUUAUGACUUAAGUCCAUCAGCAAUUGAAAAAUCUCCGGGUGACAUUGCUUCAUUCGGAGAAGAAUUUCUUCAGGUAGGCAGUGGGAGUUUCAAGUCUGCUUUACCCCUCUCAUCUGAAUCGCCAGUAGAGACGUUAGAAAUGAAUUCCCUUCCAAUACAAGCCAAGGGUACUUCCUCAAAGGCUGGGGAUUCUCUAUCUGACAGUGUAAGCACGAGAGCACUGAACCUAGCUGAUGGACCCCUUUGGGUGCCACCUUCCAACCUGGCUUCUGUAGAGGAAAAUGAAUCACGAUCAAAAGAGGUUGGUGAGAUCAAGGAGCAAGAUGUAAUUCAAGUUGAAUUUUCAGAAGGUAAAGAUGAAUAUGAAUAUCUAACUGCGUCAGCACUGUCAGAACCCGCCAUCGAGCAAAUCAUGUCCUGCUCAAGUUCAACUUCAGCAGAAUCAGACACAACUGAAGAUAGUGAACUAGAUGAGGAAGUAAACCAUCAGUUUACCGAGCAAGGUAAGGUUGCUUUUGUUGAGCCUUAUCCAGAUGUUCUGGUCUCAUCGGAUUGUUUUGCAUUUGAAGUGUCGCCGAUUGCAUAUCCAUCACAAGAGAGCUCAACAGUUCAGGCAUCUGUUGGCACUCCUCUUGUACAAUCACUGUUCAAGACUCUGUCGUCAAUUCCAGAAGAUCCUCCAGAAUAUUAUGCACAGGGAAAUAAGCAUGAAAAUGUAUCACUAUCAGGUAUAAAUGCUGAGCUAAUUGAUUCACGAAAAUUUGAAAUGCCCACUGCUAAUCUUCCUCAUGUUGACGAGUCAUCUCUUCUUGAUGAGGAACCUAAAACACUUGACAAUGAUGUGAUAGAUGCUCUAUGUCAAGGUGAGGAAGUGAAAUUGCCAAUUAUGCCUGAGAAGACUGAGAUGCAUGAAACCACGCUGUCCUCUACAAGUUCUAGUGAUCUUUCAGAGCAUAAAAUUGUUUCAAAUGCUUCUGGUUCCGUUCACGACCCUUCUGUGGCAACUAGACGAGUAGAUGAUGAAGCAUUAUUGCUGGAACUGGACUCGAUUGGUGACUUCCACGUCAAAGAAUUGCGAUUAAGUGACAUCAGAAAUGACAAAUCUUAUCAAGUUGACUUUAGUGAAGAACCAAGUCAGAAACCUGAAGAUUGGAAAUCUGAAGGUCGACUUGCUGAGAUACGUUUAGAGACGACAGAGAAAUGCAGAAGCUCACCAAAAGGUCAAACAACUUCUCUUGAAGGCACAUAUAUGGAUUUAAGUUAUGUCUCUGAUGGCACUUCUACAAGCCCAUCAAAUCUCAAAGAAGCCAAAUCCGCCUCAAGCCAGCAAGAAGCUGCAGAAAGCUCACUUGAGGCCGUUCAUGCGCAAGCCUUUAAGGCCGCAUUUGUGGGGUCACCAAAAGCUUUGGAGACCACGGAUAUAUUUCACCUGCAAGGUGUUGGACCUGGACCCCUUCCGGACGUGGAUAUGGCUUUGAACGAUUUUUCAGAGACAGGCUAUAAAUUUGAUUCUUCCAAUACCGAGGCCACUUCGAUAUCUAUUAAUGGGUUUCCAAAGGAGGAAACGGCCAUCAAAAGAAAUUUGAACCCUUCGGUUCUCGAAGUACCAAGUUCCAUGGAAAUUGACCUCGCUGGUGCGGAUGGUGCUACAGAUAUCGAUGCAAGUACGGCACCAAUUGUUAAACGAUCAAUGUCAGAUGAUGGAGUGGGGCAAAUUCCCCUCCCUUCUGGCUUCAGUUCUUCAGCUUCAACGAGCAAGGAGAAAGAUGAAUCCCAUGAAUCAGAUUCAAGCUCCAGCUCAAGUGAUUCUGAUUGA